UCCCUGCGUUGUUAGGGGACUGUAGGAAGAUGGCGGCGGCCCCGCUGUACUGUGUCUGCCGGCAGCCCUACGAUGUAAGCCGGUUUAUGAUCGAAUGUGAUAUUUGUAAGGAUUGGUUCCACGGCAGCUGUGUGCAAGUAGAAGAGCAUCAUGCUGUUGACAUUGACCAGUAUCACUGUCCCAACUGUGAUAUUUUACACGGACCUUCCCUGAUGAAGAAACGGAAUAACUGGCAUCGACAUGACUAUACUGAGGCUGAGGACGGCAGCAAACCAGUACAAGCUGGGACUUCUGUGUUUGUGCGGGAACUCCAGGCUCGAUCCUUUCCUAGUGCCGAUGAAAUCAUUGUGAAGAUGCAGGGGAGCCAGGUGACACAGAAAUAUCUGGAGCAGCAGGGUUUCGAUUUCCCUAUCAUGGUGCCUACGUUGGAUGGGAUAGGGCUUAAACUACCCCCUCCUUCCUUCUCUGUUAAAGAUGUGGAACACUAUGUGGGUGGUAAUAAAGUGAUCGACGUCAUUGACGUGGCCCGACAGGCAGACAGCAAAAUUAAACUCUGUGACUUUGUGGAGUAUUACUACAAACCCUAUCGGCCAAAAGUGUUAAAUGUCAUCAGCCUGGAGUUCUCAGACACCAAGAUGGCUGAGUUGGUGGUGGUUCCAGACAUUGCCCAGAAAAUGUCUUGGGUUGAAAACUACUGGCCAGACGACUCUUUAUUCCCAAAGCCUUUUGUACAAAAAUACUGCCUGAUGGGGGUGAAGGACAGUUACACAGACUUCCACAUAGACUUUGGGGGAACAUCUGUCUGGUACCAUGUACUCUGGGGUGAAAAGAUUUUUUACUUGAUAAAGCCAACCAAGGCAAACCUUGCACUAUACGAGGCAUGGAGCUCGUCCCCCAAUCAGAGCGAGGUGUUUUUUGGAGAGAAGGUGGAUAAGUGUUACAAGUGUGUUGUGCAGCAGGGAACAACUCUCUUCAUUCCCACGGGAUGGAUCCAUGCUGUUCUCACCUCUCAGGAUUGCAUGGCUUUUGGGGGGAACUUCCUUCAUAACCUUAAUAUAGGCAUGCAGCUCAGGUGUUAUGAGAUGGAGAGACGGCUUAAGACUCCUGAUCUCUUUAAAUUUCCCUAUUUCGAGGCUAUCUGCUGGUAUGUGGCCAAGAAUCUGCUGGAAACCCUUAAAGAAUUGAGGGAAGACAGCUGCCAGCCCCCAUACUUUUUGUUGGAGGGAGUGAAAGCUUUAACUACUGCACUGAAAUCUUGGCUAAAGAGAGAGGUAACAGAACCUGCUACUGAGAUUCCAGACCAUAUCAGGCCGGGCAAUCUCAUUAAGGAACUGUCUAAGGAAAUCCGCUACCAGGAGGAGGAGCAUGGUGGUAGCAGGCCAAUGAAAACUCAGGGAAUGGGAAGCUCAUGCCCGGUGACGCGGUCGACGCUGGAGAGAAGCUUCCAAGCAAGGAGGAACGCUAGGCGACUCAGAGAUCAGGGGAGCAAGGCGCCCUCAAACCUUGAUAUCCUAGAACUGCACACCAGGGAGGUGCUGCGCAGGCUGGAGAUGGCUCCUUGGGAAGAGGAUGUUGUUUACAGCGCCAAGCUGAACAGCAGAUUUAGCAAGAUCUUCCAACCCUUGUCCACAGUGCCUGAAAGGAGGAACAAUGACAAUAAUAUUCGCUUGGUGCUUUCUAAGGGGCAGAUCAUCAUAGACAAAAGGCAGCCGGUUAAAGAGAAGAGUCUGUUUACUGGUAACAGUGAUGACGACAGAGAAAUUUCAGAGAAAACCAAGAAGGUGAAGAGCGAGGAGGAGCACUGGGGGGAGGAAUCGGAGCAGGAGAGGACCAGCGAGAGUGAUACAGAUCAGAAGCCACUCAACAUGUUUUUUGAAAGUGUGAAAUAUGAACUCAGAAAUGGAGCAUCAGGGCACUCGGACAUGUCAGAUUCUGAAACGGAAUCUGAAGACAGUUGUGCUACAAAGCAGAAAUAUUCUUCCGAGGAAGAAUCGGGUAGCUUGGAAGAAGAUAGUGAAAAGGAGAUCUCCAAGAGGGACAUCCAGAGAGGCUCUGGGGGCAUCAUGGACCUGUACCAGGCCAGCCAAAGACUUGGGGACCAAGAGAAACCACGAGAAUUUCCUACCUUACCAAGUACAGAAGAAGAUGCUAUUCAGGGCAUGCUGUCUAUGGCAGGAUUGCUGUAUCCUCAGUGUUUUCCCAGCCAGACAGAGGGGGCAUUGAGCUCCCAGGAGCCUUGGGAUUCUACGGAGCAGUGGUGGUCGAACCCCAGUACCAGAAUUUCAGACUCUAGUUUUCGCAGUAGAGAGGAGCCGGUUGAUAAGGAUGAGAGUCAGGGGAACUCUUUAGGAGCUGGACUGUCAGCUGCAGCUCCUAGACUCGAUCAUCAGGAUGAAAUGAAAGUGCAGAAACACAUCAGGAAGGAGUGCACAGCAGAGCUGAGUCAGAGAAUCCAGGAGAACAAAAACUUCAUGGACAGUCAGAGCAGCAGCAGCAGCAGCAGCAGCAGCAGUGAUGGUUGGGCUAAUCACAGGCUCUCACUCAGCAAGUUCCCGCCCACCUUUAGUCCUCUCCGUGAUGACGACAGUCCAGAGUUCCAGUACAGGGAGACUUACCUGUCCCCACCUCUCCACCCGUCCAAGAGACCAGCUUCAAACCCCCCACCCAUCAGCAACCAGGCCACCAAAGGCAAACGCCCGAAGAAAGGCAUGGCAACAGCAAAACAGAGACUGGGGAAGAUCCUGAAGUUGAACAGGCACAGGAGCUUUUUUGUUUAGUAAAACUUUCACCACGAGCACGAAGAAGUGUUUGAGAGAGACGCAUGUACUGUAGAAUUACUGCCUGAGGAACAAAGAGUAAAUUACCUUAACUACAUGUUCACAAUUUAGGUGACAGAUUAUUGAAUUUGUGCAAGCAAAGGCAAAGCCACUUAAAUUAAAAUAGCCAGUGUGUUUGGAGAUUCCAGUACAGCAGAAAGCCAAGGAAUAGGAUUGACUGCACAGAUCACAAAGCUGGUCCAGCAAAGGAGAUGUGAUUACCGGAGAUGUACCAUGAAAAGAGAGGAGGGGAGGGGUGCAGCUAGGCUAUGCAGGCAUGGGCUGCCUAUAGCUUACCCUAUAAAAACUGCAGCCAUGAGAAGUGCUCCCUAUUAAAAGCUAUUUAUUCAAAUUGUAAAACAGCAAAGAGCCAUUACAAGCCAAUCUUUGCGAGAUCCUUAGUCGAGCCACCAGGUGUACUAAAGGAAGGUGCAUUUGUAGGUUGGAUUGGAUAUCAUGAUGGGUCCCUGCCUGGUGGAAUCCAAACUCUCUGAUGUGGGACUAAAGUCAAAUGACUGAAUGAAGCACAGCCUCUGAAGAAGGUGCUGUUCCCUUCCCUCUCACAUUCACACCAGCAAUAAUGAAGUUGGAGAAGUGGAUCUGUUAGUGUCUUCCAUAAUGCUUACAUUUGUACAAAAUGCAAUGAAAAGGGGUGAGGAGGGUUCCUGUUUCUAAUGGCAUUUUGGAUCCCCAUUAAAAAAAAAAAAAAAGAAAUAAUAAUUCCAUGCUGCUACAUCAGGUUUGAAAUAUACUGGUAGUUAAAUUCAAUGAUGUUUUAGUGAUUUAUUAGCAUUCAUAGGAAAUAAUUUAAGUGUAGUGCCUCGUGUUUUGUUUUAUUGUUUAACUUUUGUUUUACUUCUAGGGCUAUAACAAGCCUCAAGAUGUCCUUUUUACCUCCCAUUGUUGCAGGUAGUAAAUAUGAGCCAAAUAGUGUUCCACAAACAAACUGUGGAAUAUAAACAAACUGGACGAUGAUAGAGACCAAGGAUUGUUUUAUAGUGGGACACUGCACAGAUGUAAUUUUAAAUACAAAUAUGUAGUGACAAUUCGCCCCUAGUGUGGUAAGAGUUGAUCAGGAGGUUUAUGCUGGGAUGGAAGGAGAAAAUAAUGUUACCUACAAAUAAUGUAACUUCUGAGAGAUAGUACAUACAUACAUCUGGCAGUGCUGUUAAUGAUUUUAAAAACAAACGAGAAAAAAAUGAAAUAGUUUACUUUUGCCUAAAUAGAUAUGUGCAGAUUUAUAUAGUGAGAAAUGAAAGAAAUAAUUUUCCAGUUUAUUUAUUUGUCAAUUUUACACCUUUUUUGAAUUAGCUAUUUAUUAAAUAAGUUGUGAUGUUUUUUUGUUUUAUUUUAAUUGAAUGUGCAGGCUUUUCUAUAAUUUUCUGUUUAGUAAUAAAAAAAAAAAACACCUUUAUCUGUUCCCAUCCAGACGGAAACCUGGCUGAAGUUAAACGUACUGUUUAUUAACCAAAAAUUAAAAAAUACAAGUGUUCUUUAAUUUGAAUGAAAAACAUGAAUCUGCCUAAUGUCACCAGUAUUUUGCUGUUCUUAUAUUUAUACACAAUACCUAUUGUUGAUUAGGUUGCUGUACCAUGCAAGCUGGUACCUUAUGCAAGAGGUCAGAGCAGCUUGUACUGUUGGUUAGUAAAAUCAGAAUAUCUCAUUUUAAUGUGAUGUCAUUUCCAUCUGAUGCAAGCCAGUUCAGAUGGCUGUAUCACAUCGGGGUCUACUGUAUAUUAUAAUUUAAUCUCAAAUAUUUUGUUUUAAGGCUUCAGCGAGGUUUUCUCAUGGAACACACACUGCUAUGUCUCAAGGAUGCGCAAGGAUUACAUUGCUAAUUAAAUUUAUUUAUUUAAUCUUAUUUCUAAAUCGGCAUCGUGCAUUAAUGUGCCUCAGGCAUCAAUACGCUUCCCUCAACUUGUAUCUUUGUUAUAAUACGUAUUAGACCAGGCAUGCCGUGUUGAGUAAUAAUCAGGACCUUUUAUAAGCUUUUUUGUUUGGCUUAUGUCUAUGCUGUAACUGAUUUAAUAAUUUUACUAGGUUUUACCCGUGCUCAAUAUUACACAGAGUAAACAUUUCUCAAGUCAAAAGAUCCUAACUUUGAACUACUGACAACAUGAGGGAGCAUGGGCUAUAAUGUUAGUGGAUCUCACCCUGGCUGCCCAAUCUGUCUUCCAUCAUGGAUGAUUGUUAAUAAAAAUACGGAAAGUGCCGUCAGUGGAAGUGACCUAAACAUAGCUGUUGCUCUUCUUUUACAAUAGAAGAGCUGCCAUCAAAGAUCAUUUAUUUGACUUGAGGGCUGUCCAUCAGAUAAUUUGAACACUCAAUAGUGCUAAAUUUAAUAAUAAUAAUAAUAAUAAUAAUAAUAAUAAUAAUAAUAAUAAUAAUAAUAAAAAUUCAAUGACACAAGCACAAAAAAAUUGUCAAAUAUGGAAAAUGUAUAUACGUAUAUUUUUCAGAAGGUAAACAAAAGUACAGAUUUGUUCAUAUCUAAAUAUUUUCUAGUAUAGUGGUGUUAUUUUGUUCCUUUCAAAUGAGCUAUCUGUUACUAGUUGUGCUAUGAAGUGUCACUCCCUUGUCUUUCGUUUUGGUAACAAGUAGGGCUUCUGAUUUUCUAUUUUAACCGAUACACAGAAAACACCAGAUACACCAAUUUCACAUAUUUAUAUUUUUUUGUAUCUCCAAUAGACACAGGAAAACACUGGAAAUGGUCACUCAAUUCCAUUUCCAUAAUCGCAUAAAUAAAUAAAUAACUCCAACUAUUGAGUGGCAGCAAAUUCCUACAUUUCUAUUACAGGAUUGUACACAAUUGAGAAAUUUAUAAUGAGAUUACAAUUAGAAACUGAGGGUUCUUGUUCAAGAGAUUUAAAGCUCUAUUUGUCCGCAAGUUGCGGUGAAAUGUAAAAAAAAUUCCUAAACACACAAAAACUCCAAAAGAAUAUCAAAGUGACCAUAAGAAUUUUGUUGUGGAAGAAAGCAAAGGUACAAGUGUGCAAGUACUGUUGAGUUACUAUACAUAUUGUGACAAAGAAACGCCCAAGAAUUUUGGGAAAUAAUUUCAUACAGUAUAUAAAAAGUGAAAAUAACAGAUUUCAGGGUAUCACAUAAAACUUGAAAAUAGCUCAAAAUAAACACAGAAAAACAGAAGCCCUAUAUAUGACUGCUAUAAAUGUGCAUUUAAAAACUUUGAAAAAUAGUUCUCCAAACAUUUGUCAUAUAAUUUAAUAACUCACUAUAGUCAUGUCAAGAAAAGUUAUUAUUAUUAUUUUAUUAUUGUACUAAUUUUAUAAAUCUGAAGAAAAUCCGUACUUGCUUUUAUAUUUGACCCAAUUUUGUCAACAAAAACAUUUUUGGAUGAAGUUUUGUAUGUAUACUUUUUUAUAGUGUGAUGAAGAAAAAGUGCUUCAGUUAAGUCCUCAUGAUGCCAUGUGAACUGUGAUAGAAGCACAACUAUUCUAAGAAAUGAGGGCUACAUUUUUACUUGUGCUAAGAGCCAAAUAAGUUCUGUGUGGAGUGAGAAUUGUCUAGAAAUGGAAGGAGAAUUGCCUGCAUUACCAGAGCAAAAUAAAUUAAGCCCAGUGAAAAAUACAAUGUUAAUACAUUAAACCCCAGUUAUGUAUUAUAAAAAAGCCAAUGCCAUGAACUUUUACUUCAGGGGAUAUAUUACUAGAGCAAAUGCUUUAGGCUUCCCAGAUUCAAAUAUAUGUCAUACUGUCUGUUGUGUGUGUUGUUUUAGGUGGUGGUGGUGGUAGUAAUUUUAUAUUGUUUUAUAUCUUAUGCUCCCAUGUUUCUAGACUCAGAAGACAUAGGUAAAGUAGUUCCACCUAGAGAUACAGUGCUCCCCCUUUAUAAUGAUCUGUUUAAGAGACAGUGCUGUUUGUGUUCCACCUUAUAAUGAGAAUACCAGUAUUAAUGUAAUGGCAUUAUGGGACAAAUGGGAGCCGUGACCGUACCGCAUUAUAACCUGUUCUGCAGUAUAAAGGGUUGCUGAUAAACAGGGAAUACUAUAUUAUGUGCAUGAAGUACAUAUAGCAACAAACCACAUUUAACAUUUUCCUCACCUAUUUAUGAUUGCUAACGGUUUUGGUUGGUUCAUCUAAAAGGCUACUGUAGAUUGCUUCCAUACUUUACCAUGUUUUAUCAACACAGAAAUGACAGUUUUCAAGCCAUGCAAUGGUUUUUGGCACUACAUGUACUUUAAUGUUCCAGUUGGUGACCCUGUGUAAUAACCGUGCAACACAUCAAUUAACUGGUUCUGCACUGAAAGCAUUGAUCUGCAUUUGCCCAUGUCCAGUGACUUAAUACACCCUAUACUGUGUGCAUGCACAUAUUAUAUGUGUAAUAAAAGCUAAAAGUAAGCACAAUUUAGUUGAAGAUAAGGCCAUCUCAGCAGGGCUUUUAAAGAAAACCCUGGAGCAUUUAACCUGAAAACAAAGAUUUAUAAACUACCUAUGCAACGUUCUACCACUACAAGGGAGGGCGGGUUAAAACAGCAUAACAAUAUGAAUUUCUGUCCAUUGUUGUACUUUGGGUACUUCAGUACUACUACUAAAGGCAACAAAAUUAGAUUUUUUUUAAAAGAAAAACAUUUUAUAUAUGUGUUAACUAAACCCAUCUAUGUUGAGACUUGCUACAAGUUCACACACAUAUACAUCAAUCCAGCACUAAUUGGUAUAAACAAUAAUUGUUAAAAUAUGGGCAAUAUUACGUUACUAUGGUCGAGAAAAGUACUUUUUCUGUAAAGCCUAAUUACUUAUUUUGACAAACUGUAACCACAUUAAGUAAUAUUUAAACUAAAAGUAAAAAUUCUGUUAUUGGCAUUACUAUACAUGUUUCUGUGCACUGAAAAUGGCGGUUGACAAAGAUGACUCCCAUGGCUGGACACUUUGCUGUUAGUGCCUGGAAAGCAGUUGCCCAUUGUCUAGGUGCAGAGAGACCUGUAAUAAUUCUACAGUGCCUUCCAUGUGUUUACUAAUAAUUGUUUCCUGGAUUGUUCCACUCCCAAGUGAAAUUGGAACCCCCUUGAUGGGCACAAAUGGGAGAAAUGGCUGGGAUUAAAUUGAGAGUUGACCUCACUGCAUGUCUGUCUUGACCUCUGUUCCCUAGCUCAGUUAUAACUUGCGUAUUUUGAUUGCUAAGCAUUAAAACUGCGUUGAAACCUGCAUUGAAGUGUUGAAGCACCCUGCCAGCUUUGUCUGUCUGGCCUUGAAUUUCCUUUGUGGUCACAAACACUAAUUGAUUUUUCUCUUACCACAUUAAGCUAUUUUCCUAUACACCUUGGUCACAUGUUCACAUAUUUUGGUGAAAUAAAUGUACACCAAUAUUUGGCCUGCAGGCAGGGUAUGUAUGCAGUAGUGUACAUUGUACAGUAUUUAUUUGGCUUUUUAUUUUCCUUUUUUUUUAACAAAUGAAUUGUGGUUUGUGUUAAGCAUUCUGUAUCUAACAUUUUGCAGGAAAAAAAAUCUGAAUGCUUUUCUGAAAUGUGAUUUGAUGUUUUAAGGGUAUUUUGAUAUCUUGCUAUGAUUUGAGAAAACUGAUGUCUUCUAGAUCUUGUGUCUUUGUUAUUCAUUGCAAUGCAGCUCUGUAUUUUUUUUUUCUCUUUUUGAAAAUCGCCAUGUAAAUAUUAAAAAAAAAGAAAGAAAAAAUUCUUA